AUGUGGGGCAAAGACAGAAUAGAAGAGAUUUUUCAAAACCUCAAGGCAAAUAAUCAUCUAUGCCCUCUUUUGCCUCAAAUUUAUAUUCAUUGUGGUGCAUGCACUUUGCUAAGUGCUGACAAAAGUGGUUUCUGGGCUCAGGCAAUGGCUCAAGUGGGUGGCUUGGUGAUGCUGCAACCCGAAGUGGGAGGCUCUCGUGACAGUUUCUUCUUUGCAGGAAUUGAUAAAGUGAGGUUUAGAAAGCCUGUGAUUGCAGGAGACACUUUGGUAAUGAGAAUGACACUAGUUAAGUUCCAAAAACGGUUUGGAAUAGCAAAGAUGGAGGGUAAGGCAUACGUCGGAUGUGACUUGGUCUGCGAAGGCGAGUUCUUGAUGGCGAGUGGGAGUGUUUGA